AUGCUAGAGAUCGCCUCCCGAGACGAUAUGUCGUCUCAGACAAACCGGACUCAGAACACGCCCAUUCCUUCUCUUUGCAUCGAACGAGACAUUUCGGAAUCGAAGGCGUUCUUGGAGAUUCAACGCCGACAUGAAGAGGUGUUGCGGCCCGGUGAGGGUUUUGCAUCUGAUCUGGUGCAGUUGGAUAUCUUACCAGAUGGGAAGUCCAUCGUUGGUGUAGCCACCAUGACCACGGAGCUGAAAGGAUCGCCGACGACCCGGCUGGUUGUGAUCGAUACAGAGGUCAAAGACGCUGGAUUACAGCUCUUUGGGAAACGCAAAGGCUCAGACAUCUUUCCCAAAUGGUCUCCUGAUGGCAAGAUGAUUUCCUUUCUGUCCCAAGUCAAUCAGAGCAACCAGCUCUUUCUCCUGGACAACAAAACCGGAGACGUCACGCAGUGCACGACGGAUGUCAAGGGAUCCAUUGAGCGGCAGAGCUGGUCUCAAGACGGCAGCCAAGUCCUGCUCACCGUGGCCGGCCUCGGAGCAGACAAGAGUGGCAGCGGCGGUGGUAUGCCCCUUGAUCCCGACAAGAAGGCUGAGAAGAGCUGGUUGCCCCAGGUUGCUCGCGCAGCGGCGCCAGACGAGUACCGUACGCUCUGGAUCUAUGGCGUGGAAUCGGGAAAUGCUACGCAAGCAUCGCCAGAAGGCCUGAAUGUGUGGGAGGCUGUCUGGGUGUCGUCAACGUCUGUCGUUGGCAUUUGUUCAGACCUGCCAGGAGAGGAAGCAUGGUAUAUCUCUUCGGUUAGGGAGAUUGAUCUCCCUACGAAGACUGCUCGGACGCUGUAUUCGAGUGAUGUGCCCAUCGAGUGCUUGGCAGCAUCUCCAAGUGGGAAUAAGAUUGCUUUUGCCAACGGGAUUGCAAGUGAUCGACAGAUUCUCAAGGGCGACUUAGUCCUCCUGGAUGUAAAGACUGGAAAGAUUGAGAAACCUGAAACCAAAAAGGUGGAUGUUGGAGGAUCGGUGGUGUUUCCUGGAGAGGACUGCAUUGUUGUAACUGGGUCGAGGGUUGACGUAGAGCUCAUUGUGCAGUUUGAUGGGAAAGAUAACGAGAUGACGGAGGUAUGGAAGAGUCGAGAGCACAGUACAGGUGGUUCCUACAUUGGCGAGGUUGCGGCGAGAGUCGUCGAUGGAGAAGCGCAGGUUGCGUUUGUUGAGAAUGGGUGGUUCAGUCCGCCGACUUUGGUCUACGGCACCAAGACAGGAGUGCGCGAGUUGAAGAUUUUUGUUUCCUUGCAACUGGACGAGGAGAUCAAAGCCCUGGGAAGAUCCCGGAAUCUCAGCUGGAAAGCCCCUGACGGACUGGAAAUCCACGGCUACUUCAUCUCGCCUUCUUCGGCAACCGGGCCUGUUCCUACAGUGCUCUUCGUCCACGGCGGUCCCGUCUGGCAAUGGCGACCACGCUACAUCGCCUCUCACGGCCAACAAAUCCUCGAACGCGCUCUCCUCUCCAACGGCAUCGCCAUCUUCAAACCCAACCCACGAGGCUCAUCCGGAAGAGGCCAAGCCUUCAUCCGCCACGUCUAUGGUGACAUGGGCGGCAAAGACACAUACGACUACCUCAGCGGUCUCGAGUCUCUCGUCAAGCAAGGCCUAGCAGACCCCAAGCGACUCGGUGUCUGGGGCGGCAGCUAUGGCGGCUUUAUGUCCAGCUGGCUCGUCACCCAAGCCCCUGAUACUUUCGCCGCCGCCGUGCCUGUAGCGCCUUGCACGGAUUGGGUGAGUUCGAAGUAUACUUCGAACAUUGGUCGGUUCUUCGACGACUUUCUAGGUGACAGCCCUCACGAUCCGAAGGGGAAGUACUUCACGCGCUCGCCAAUUCAUCACGUUGAUAAGGUCAAAACGCCGACGAUGACGGUUGUGGGUGGCAUUGAUCGUUAUACGCCGCCGAGUCAGGGGCAGGAGUUUCAUCAGGCGCUUGUUGAGAAAGGUGUGCCGAGUGUGCUGUUGACGUACCCAGAGGAAGGACAUGGUGUGAGGCAAAUGCCGGCGCUCUUUGACUUCGUAACGAGGACGAUGGAGUGGUUUAAGCACUUUCUUCUGUGA